AUGGCGGAAAAGACGGAUAAUAACAACUGUAGUAUCUGUUUAAAUGGCUUCACAGAAUCUAAAAUUAUUGAAUGUGGACAUGAAUUUUGUGUAAAAUGUUUGGAGGAUUAUGUUAGUAAAGUUGGUAAAGAUAACCGGUUUCCAUGUCCUCUGUGUCGUGAAGAUGUCACCAUUCUGGAUGGCGGAAUUAAAAAUCUUUCGUCAACUGGUAAAGUGGAGGCAGUGGCUUCUAAACCUUGUGACGUUUGUAGAUCUACGUCCGUAGCUGAGUUUCAGUGUGUCAAUUGUGAUAAAUGUUUAUGUUCAUCUUGUAAAAUUGCACACGAUUCGUUUUUUUCGGAUCACUACGUUUUUGGAAUAAAUGAAACUGCAAAUAUACAAAAGGGACGAAAGAUCUUUUGUAGCCACCAUGAAACUGAGAAGUUGGAAUUUUAUUGCCAAGACUGUUGUCAGAUCAUCUGUAAAAUUUGUAUGAUGUCAUCUCACCAAGACCAUAAUACACCAAAAAUAUGUGAUUAUGAGACCAAGGCUACAGAGGAAUUACACAAACUAAAGCAACAAUUGGAUGAAAAGAAAGCAGAAUUUCAAAAUUAUUCUGAUGAGGUAAACAAGAAGAUUAACAAUAUGAAUGAAUCUGUUCGGACGACCUGUGCUAAAAUUGAUCAGCAAGUUAAAACCAUCUGUGAUGACGUCACUAAAAGAGGUGAACAAUUAAAAUUGGAAGUAAACAGCACGUGCAAAGAAGCAGAACUGAAGAUGAAGAAGAUCGCUGAUGAUACAAAUAAACUUAUAGUUCAGAUCGAGAAGGUCACGGAGAAUAUAACUAAUAUUCUGAAUGCCGAUUCAAUGCAUGACGUAUUAGAUGCUUUACGCGAUACACGAAAACAACAAGAUGUCUGUCAAUCACACGAUUUGACCAUGCCAUGUGACGUGAGAAGUGAAUUCGACCAAGGACAGGUAAUUACCAGUACAUCACAACAAAUGCUAGGCACUCUUCAGAUUUUACGUGGACCAUUGGAAUAUAGUUUUAGUCCAAGAUUGUUAUAG